GUCCGUCUUCUUCUUCCUCGGCGUUUUCUGACCGUUGGCUCUAUAUCGUUCUGGAAAGCCGAACGCAGCCCUUUGGCGCUCUCUACAAGCCACACACACACUCAUCCAUGGCGUCGUCCUGUACAUUCCUGCUCGCCCCUCUCUGUCCCCGCACCCGCCCCUUCUCUCUCCCCACCCUCCGGCUCGCUCCUCUGCGAUCCACCUCCACCGCCGGACGGCUUUCCGUAUCCGCUUCGGCGGGAAAUGCUCUCCAAGCUCUGAUAUUCGACUGCGACGGCGUGAUCUUGGAAUCGGAGCAUUUGCACCGUCAAGCCUACAACGACGCCUUCUCUCACUUCGGCGUCCGCUGCCCCUCUUCUUCUUCCCCCUCUCAGCCCCUAAAUUGGGCCCCCGACUUCUACGACGAGCUCCAGAAUCGCAUCGGCGGCGGAAAACCUAAGAUGAGAUGGUACUUCAAGGAGCACGGUUGGCCAUCUUCGACGAUCUUCGAGACACCUCCGGAGGAUGAUGCUAACAGAGUGAAGCUAAUUGAUACUCUCCAGGAUUGGAAGACGGAAAGGUACAAAGAGAUUAUCAAAUCUGGAACCGUGGAGCCUAGACCUGGAGUUUUGAGGCUGAUGGAUGAGGCCAAGGCUGCUGGUAAAAUGCUAGCAGUUUGCUCUGCUGCAACUAAAAGUUCCGUUAUACUCUGCCUUGAAAAUCUCAUUGGAAUGGAGCGCUUCCAAGGUCUUGACUGUUUCCUUGCAGGUGAUGAUGUGAAAGAAAAGAAGCCCGAUCCUUCAAUUUAUUUGACUGCUGCUGAGAGGCUAGGGGUGUCGAGGAAAGAAUGUCUGGUCGUGGAGGAUUCUGUUAUUGGUCUACAGGCAGCCACAGGUGCUGGGAUGUCUUGUGUUAUUACUUAUACAUCAUCAACAGCCGAUCAGGAUUUUAAGGAAGCAAUAGGAAUCUACCCUGACUUAAGUAAUAUCAGAUUGAAAGACUUGGAAUUGCUACUUCAGAGCUUGGUUGCUGCCACUUAGGGAGCCUAUCACAUUCCAUUAAACUGGUACAGAUGCUUCUGUUGCUCCUAGACAUCUGGUGAAUCCUAUUAGAACUGAUUGUGGCUCUCUCUUCUUAUCAUGUUUUCCAUCCUGUUUUUGGCAAGCAUAUUCUUUGUGGGGAAAAAAGGUGCAAAAUGGUAACUUUGAAUAGAAUAGUCAUGUAUUUUUACAUUCAUUGACCGCUCUACCUCUGAGGCGUAUAUUAUAGUUUAGGACAUUAGGUAUUAUUGAACGCUGUAAUAAGUUCUUGUUCUAACUGUCAUGAACAUGGUUACAUGGAAUGUGAUACUUUCCGAUUCAUGGUA